CAUGACUCAUAUUCAAUAUUCACUUCUGUGUUCACUUCAUUCGACAUACGAGUUUGCUGCAUUGCGCUUGGAGCAGCUGAUAUUUAUAUAAAACGGGCGUCGUCACAGUUCCUUUUGUGACUGUUUUUUAAAGCGUUUCCUUGUUUGAAGUAUCCUGCUUGCUCCAUCAUGGCUCGAACUGGAAUAAUGUUGCCUUUAGCGUUUCUAUUUUUAGCAGCCCUGGUUCCAACAGAAGCACAAAGCGAGGCGAGCCCGGGCGCGGCGGAGGUCGGCGCGGAGGAGGCGCGCCAGCUGCUGUACGACGUGCGCUCCAACAUCACGCUGCGCUGCGAGCUGGCCAACGACGGCGGGCUCGCGUACGUGUGGAAGAAGAACGGCACGACGCUCGAGGAGGUGUGGGAGAUGAAGGACCGCUACCAGCUGGAGCACGGCGGCGCCGAGUUCCGCGUGGCGCGCGCCGUGGAGGACGACUUCGGCAACUACUCGUGCGCGCUGGCCGGCCAGCCGCAGCAGCAGCUGUGGGACGUGCGCGGCCGCCCGCACCUCAAGCUGCCCGCCAACAGCAACGUCGUCGAGGGACAGAAGCUUAAGCUCACCUGCAGGGUGAUCGGCAAGCCGUACCCGCGCGUGCAGUGGAGCUACUCGAACUCGACGGACGAGGAGGGCAACUUCACGGACGUGGCGGCGCUGGGCGCGCGCGUGUCGCUGGGCGCCAGCGAGCAGGGCGUGCCGGACGGCGCGCUGGUGCUGGACGCGGCCGCGCGGGCGGACGCCGGGCGCUACCGCUGCGCCGCGCCGCUCGCGCCCGCGCCCGCGCUCACCACGCUGCGCGUCAAGGACAUGUACGCGGCGCUGUGGCCCUUCCUCGGCAUCUGCGCCGAGGUGUUCGUGCUCUGCGCCAUCAUCCUCGUGUACGAGAAGCGCCGCACCAAGCCCGACCUCGACGACUCCGACACCGACAACCACGACCAGAAGAAGUCGUAAGUCUUGAGAGCCGUCCACAGCAGAGGGAGGCCGAAGGGAGGGAGGGGGGGGGGGGUAUUUGCGAGCAGCGACGUAGGGAUCUGCUGCGUAUUGCAAUAUUGAGAUUUUUUUAUAAUAAUGAAGUACCAAAAAAUUAUAAGAUUGUUAUUUAGUUAUAAAUAUAUAUUGUGAAAGUGCGCGCGAGCUGCUCCGUAGCCGGCGACCCCGACCGGCUCCUGCCGAAUUCCCUUUUGCUUAACUCGUGUAAAUAAAAUGAUUGUAAUAUAUUUUAUUUUUAUCUUUCUUAAUCGAAUGCACGUAAUCUAUAUAUUCAAUCGCCAGCUUACGUUAUCGGUUGCCGAUCGUCACGCUGCUCCACAUUAGUGUCGUACUUAAAAACAUAUUGUGCUCGAGUAUUUUUUUUGAUUUUUAUUAACAUUUAAAUUAGAAUCUUAUAUACAAGUUUGCAACGCGGUUAAUGUUGCUGUUCGACCUUGCGAGUGUUGUCUCAGCGAUACGACGCGAUCGCAUAAGACGGGGAAAUUACCUGUUUAUUUAAAGAAAUCUUAUUUUAUCUCGUUCGUGAUUUUGUUAUCGACAAGAACUCGUUUUUAUCAUUGUUAACCGAUUAAAUAAUGCGACGGUUGCGUUAUCGCAGUUGCCUUCUGAAAACGCAGCACAUUUAGACUAUUUUAGGAUAAACUUGUCGAUUAGGAGUGUAAUGAACACCGAUAGAGUGUAGACGAGUAGCGAACGCGCGAACGCCCCGCAGCACCGCUCCGAGCGGCAACUGCUCCAUAGUACCUGUCGUGUGAUGUGACGCUGUGAUUUAACCACCAAUAAAGUUACAAUAACCAA